GCUGCUGAUUGGUCGGAGAGAAUCGUCACAAUCGUGCGCGAGAUAAUCCCUAGCGUCGCAUAUAUAUAUAGCGAUGCUUGCAGCAUUUUUGUCAACAGAGGAUUAACAAUGGCAAAGAAAAGCACACCAUGGUCGGUCGAGGAAGUCACGACGUUCCUCCAUUACAUAUCUGAUGAAAAGAUCCAGCGGGAGCUCGACGGGAUGACUCGAAAUAUUAAAGUAUUUCAGGAGGUGUCUACACUAAUGGCCACAAGCGGGUACUCCUGGACUGUCGUGCAGUGUAGGGAAAAACUUAAAAAGCUUAAGGGUGAAUAUCGCUUGGUGAAGGACAACAACAACACCAGUGGGGCCGCUAGGAAAAACUGGAAGUGGUUCGACCUCAUGAACAGCAUUUACGGCCAUAGACCGGCUAGCGUUGGGAGGGAGGGAGGCCUCGACUCAGCAACAGCGUUACUGGAGUCUAUGAAUGAUGAUUACGUUUUGAAUAACGAGGAUGAACCAACACCGUCCGGUGCAUCGAUAUCAUCCAUAUCUACAGCACAAACUCCAGCUCGAGCACAGACACCAACGCCGAGUGCCAGCUCGACACCGCGUGUGGUUCUAGGCAAGAGGAGACGAGAGGAACUGGAACUGCAACUGGCCCAGCAGAAGGAACACCAGGAGCAGAACCUGGCCCAGCAGGAGAAGAACCUGGCCCAGCAGGAGAAGAGCCAUGCCCAGCAGGAGAAGAUCCAUGCCGAGCUGAGGGAAGACCGGGCCCUGCAGGCUCAGUACAUGAACCAGUCCCUGGUGGAGGCGAGGGAGGCGAGGCUGUUGGAAGCCACCUUGAGAAGGGAGGAGAUGGCUCGCGUAGAGAGCUUUAAUGCAUCCUUCAUGCGCACUAUUUGCCAGGUGCUAGGGGGAACGUCCGCUCAGUCUCCUCCGCCUCUGUGAACCAAUAACCUAUGGCUGUAGUUUCUUGUAUAUUUUUUAUCUGUAAUACAAUACAAUCAUUUUUUUUUUUGUAUAAUGCCAUGCCUUUUUUAUGCUGCUGCAAGAAAACACUUUGUGUUCAAUAAAGUGACUUAUCUUA